UACAAAGGUGAACGCGCGCCGUCGCGAUCGUCGGUAAACUGGUAUGGGCGUUCCAUGUCCAACAAGAAUCGUCUGCUUCACUCUACUCCUCUCUCAUGGCAUAUACCAGACGUUCGUGUCCCCGCCCGUUGUUGCCCGUGGGGAGUGUCUUGCGGCGGCGUCGCGACUGAAAGUCGACACCCACGACGAGAUAUUAUUGCGAGCAAGAUGUGUCGGAGCAAGGUUUGAAUCUCAGGUGACGGAAAUAAUAUGCUUCGGAGGGAACACGAAGGCUAGGGGGGCUUUGCCAACCUUCUUUCAAGAGCCGGACUGCACAACGGUGUCCAAGUUUCGCUGCCAGCUGCCACCUGCCAAACGCCUGUUGAUUUGGUCCGAGCCUACACCGACGACAUGUGCCUUGGUUUCACCUAAGCUCUAGCCUGCUCAUUCCUCCGCACAUCUAUCUAUCAAGCAAUAUCCCCCUUAUCUCUACCAACCCUAGAGCUGCUUGCUUGCAUCUACGACAAUUAUCUACAUGAUCACCUCUGCCGUGCGACUCUGCCCCUCAGACUAUGCGACUCUGCCCCGGCUCUGCCUCGUAUACAUUCCGUAAUGCUUCUUCUUGGCGCCUAGUU